AUGCCUAAACAUAAGGAAUACGAAGUUACACUUAUUUCUCCAGGUCUAAUAGUGGACACUUUACAUUAUGGACCUUCUUGUAAUAGUUGGUGGAUUUCUAGACCUUCUGAAAAAAGAGAAAAUCUGAUAUUUCUCCACCCUAUUAGAUUAAAUAUGAAAACUCUGGUUACUUUAAAAGGCCAAGAUUUUAUUAUUGAGGUUGUUAAAAUCUUUUCAAAUUAUGGUCAAAUACCUGGAUAUAUUUGCAAAUGUGAUGGUAUUCAGGGUGAACUUUGUGAAUCACUUACUGCUGCAGUUAAUAGCGUAUACAAAAAAAUUUUUCACACAAAUGCCAAAUAUUCAGGACCUGCAGUAAUGGGAAAAUUAAAUAUAUGGGUAUUGGGAAUUGGAAAAUCUAAUAAAAAUGAAUGGAAUUUUGCUGGAACAGGAUAUAAAACUUCUUUUAUAUAUAUAUAUCAAAAACAAAGAUGCGUUUUUGUCCAGGAAUUAGAAGAUGAUUGUCAGGUUACUGAUUGA